AUGAAGACCCACAAGAACCCUACCCUCAUCAAAACCCGGUUCGCCCUCAACUUCCUCCGGGCCAUGAGGAGGCUCAACCGGAGCGGCCCAUCCGACGCGUGCCAGAGGUUCCACGCCAUCCGGGCCGCCGCCACCGCCUCCAUGGCUUCUGCUGUCGGGCCUAGACGGGCCUGGAGUCGGGCCGUGCUCAAGAAAAACCGAACCCGUCGAGCAAAAAACCCUAGACGGGACGUGUCGGGUCUCGGGCAGGAGGACGAUUUACGCGUGCUCGUGCCGGGAGGCCAAGGACUGGACUUUUGCCAGUUGUUGAGCGAAAGUGCACACUACAUAGAGUGCCUAAGAGCCCAGGUACAGGUUAUGACCGACUUGCUCGAUCGUUAUUCGGCUUAA